AUGGGAAAUGCUUCAGACACAUCUGCUGUGUUUGCCUCCACCAUCUCCAAGGAGCACGACAUCAUCAUGGGUUCCCUCUACGGCGUCUUUUGCGUACUGUCCCUCGUAGGAAACUGCAUCCUGCUGCUUGUUGCGUAUCACAAGCGGUCGACCUUGAAGCCUGCUGAGUUUUUCAUCAUAAAUCUCUCCAUCAGUGACCUCGGGAUGACGCUCUCUUUAUUCCCAUUGGCAAUUCCAUCAGCGUUUAAACACAGGUGGCUGUUUGGAGAGAUCACCUGUCAGCUGUAUGCCAUGUGUGGAGUUCUGUUUGGUCUCUGCAGCCUGACCAACCUCACAGCCCUCUCCCUAGUGUGCUGCCUUAAAGUCUCCUUCCCCAACCAUGGUAACAAGUUCUCGUCGUCACACGCCCGCCUCCUGGUGGUCGGGGUCUGGUGUUACGCCUCAGUGUUUGCCGUGGGGCCCCUGGCGCAGUGGGGCCGUUACAGUGCUGAACCGUACGGCACAGCCUGCUGCAUCGACUGGAAAGCACCAAACUACGAGCUCUCAGCUUUGUCUUACAUCAUCUGCCUCUUCCUGUUCUGCUACGCUCUGCCCUGCACCGUCAUCUUCCUCUCCUACACCUUCAUCCUGCUGACGGUGCGGGGGUCGCGUCAGGCCGUGCAGCAGCAUGUGUCCCCCCCUCAGACGAGGACCACCAACGCACACUCUCUCAUUGUCAAGCUGUCAGUAGCAGUGUGUAUCGGCUUCCUGGGGGCCUGGUCUCCGUAUGCCAUCGUGGCCAUGUGGGCAGCUUUCGGAGACGCCACGCUGGUUCCUCCUGAGGCCUUCGCCAUCGCCGCCGUGUGUGCCAAGUCUUCCACCAUCUACAACCCUCUGGUCUACCUGCUGUGUAAACCUAACUUUCGCGAGUGCCUCUACGGAGACACGUCCAUGUUACGAAAGAGGAUCUACAGGGGAAGUCCGAUGUUAGAACCCAAAGAGCGCUUGGUAUCGGCCUCGCAGCGGAACAAGGACGUGAGUCUCUCCACGCGCUUCUCUAACGGACAGCAGGAGAGCUACGGGGCGCUUCUGCACUGCACUGAGUCUUCAGCGCCGGGACAUGUGGACGCAGCCCAAAGGACCGCCUGCAAUCUGACUGCCUCCCCCUUCAGAGAGGUGACAGUCUGCCAGCUCUCCACCAAACCACAGGCUGAACUCGUCUAG